AUGCACAAUGUUUUGCUGGGUAUAUUUAGAACUCUUUUGAAGUUUUGGACUGAAACCUCAAAUAAACCUUAUUCGUUGCCAACGGCCGCUAAGCAGGAAAUAGACAGAAGAAUUCAUAGUGUGAAACGACAGAUAUGUAGCGAAUUUGAAGGGUCUCCGAGGCCAUUAGAAAAGUUGGAAUUUUACAAGGCAACCGAGUUGCGCUUGAUGCUUCUUUAUUUGGGACCUUUUCUAUUCCAUACUGUAGUUAAAGAACCAUAUUAUGAACAUUUUUUACUUCUCGCUUCAGCUAUUCGAAUUUUAUGUCAUCCUACUUGGUAUGUUACACAAAACAAUACUGCUAAGACAUUGUUAAAACUGUUUGGAGAAAAAUUUCAAUUAUAUUAUGGAGAACAGUUUUUCGGAUAUAAUUUUCAUAUAUGCUCAGCACAUUUGGCGGACAAUUCUUUAUCACAUGGAAAUUUAGAUGCUUUCUCUGCCUUUCCCUUUGAAAAUUAUUCACAAAUUAUGUUGCAUUAUAUAAAGAAAGCUCCAAAUCCUCUUCAACAGUUCAAAACCCGUCUUGAAGAACAUUUGAAUUUCGAAACAAGCAGUAAAAAAAAGGUUUGUAAACAACGUGGAGAUCACUAUAGCGUUAUCACUAAUGAAAAAAACUGUACAAUUUCUGAUCAUCCUAAUGAUAAUUUUAUUUUUGCGAAUAAUAAUGUUUAUCAAGUCCAGAAUAUUACUAAAAACAAUCAUGAUUUUGAACUCAAGUGUAAAAAAGUGACGCAUCUCUUAUCGUUAUACAUGGAUCCCUUACCAUCAAAGUCGGUUGGACUAUUCUGUUCCGGCAGCCUAACUCUAGAAUCAGAUAUUGUGUUGUUUAAUUCCAAUAGCGUAUCCAAAGUUUUAUGUAUAAAUUUCGAUAACAUUUUUGGAUUUAUUGUUGUAUUGUAUACUAGUUAA